AUGGCUCGGAAUAUACGUAAACAUAAUCGCCAUGCUACCAAUUCACAGAAGCUAAAACAAUCAGUGCUGACUAUAGGAAACCAGAAGACGGAGGGAACUGUCAAAUGUUCAAAAUGCCAUAUGACGUUUUCCUCUACGUCCGCCAAAGAUGCCCUUGUACAUGACAAAUAUCAUAGUCUGCAUUUGCAUGGAAGGAAGUGGUCCUCAAAUUGGGGCGAUACGAUCGAAGAGUAUGGUAUGCGAACAAUAAUGGACCAGGAAACUGCUGCAGGAAAGCGGCCUCGGGACUUGACAUUCGUCUCCACGCCAAAUACUUCGGCUGAACGAAUAGUACAGAUCUCCAAAAAUAGGAAGAGCGAAGUUCAGGCAACUUUAGAUGUUCUCCGCAUCGUUAACGAGGAAUUGCAUGCGCCACACAAUGAAAAUUACUUCUGGAGCCAUGUGGCGGAGACUGAGGGGGAAGGCAAGUUUCAUCGAAAAGAAGGUAGUGACGGGAAAGCGUUUGUGUAUGUUAGCGAAGGCCGUGCUGUGGGAGUAGUUACCGUGGAGUUUUUAAAAUUAGAGGAAAAUCGUGGAAGGUGGAUGGUUUACGACACUGCAAGUAUAGUACCGGGAGUAAUACCCUCUGUCAAAGUUGGAAUUUCCAGGAUAUGGGUCUGCAAACAACAACGAGGUAGGAAUAUCGCAACCAAACUGCUAGAGACUGCUAGACUGCAUUCGAUUCCGGGAAUGGUUUUAGCCAAAUGGGAGCUAGCUUGGAGUCAACCUAGCGAAAGUGGCGGUAAACUAGCCCAAAGCUACAAUAGUGUGAAGCACGAAAGAAGCGGCAAGACUCUCAUUCCCUGUUACAUAUGA